UGUUUUCCAAUUUCCCUGCGCGACUCUUUAUUUUGUUCUCUUCCUUUUGCUCAUUCGAUUUAGGGCAAAAAAAAAAAAAAGAAGAAGAAGAGAAAUUGGACCCAAAGGAAAACGCAAGAACUCGCUCUUUGACUCAGCUCACAGGAAAAAUAGAAGGAAAAUUAAAUAUCACUCUCGCUCGUUGAUCUACCUUUGAGGCUAUAAGCUGAUACUCAUUGUAACAGCUUCUCAAAUCAGGAUUCAGUGUAUUUAUACUCAAGACAUCAAGGGCUGCUUCUUAACGAGGAAUGAUUUUUUGCAUGACCUAUUGACACCUGUGCAAUGUCGGGGUUACUUAAUUCUUCUAUCAACGGAUCAGCAUCAAAUCUUCCAGACAGUAGCGGGCGAUCUUUUGCUACAUCUUUCUCUGGUCAGUCUGGUGCAGCCUCCCCUGUUUUCCAUCACACUGGAACUAUUCAGGGCCUGCAUAAUAUUCAUGGUAGCUUUAAUGUUCCCAACAUACCUGGUACGCUUACAUCAAGAAACUCAACGUUAAAUAAUGUUCCGUCUGGUGGGGUUCAACAGCCUGCUGGGAGCCUUUCUGGUGGACGAUUUACAUCAAAUAAUCUACCUGUUGCUCUUUCUCAGUUAUCUCAUGGCAGCUCCCAUGGACAUUCAGGAGUAACAAAUAGAGGAGGUAUUAGUGUUGUAGGAAACCCUGGAUUUAGUAGUAACACAAAUGGAGUUGGUGGUUCUAUUCCUGGGAUUCUCCCAACCUCUGCUGCAAUUGGUAACCGGAAUGCUGUUCCAGGAUUGGGAGUAUCCCCAAUUUUGGGAAAUGCAGGUCCUAGGAUAACAAGUUCUAUGGGAAACAUGGUUGGUGGAGGCAACAUUGGGAGGAGCAUAAGCUCUGGAGGAGGAUUAUCUGUACCUGGUCUUGCAUCUCGUUUGAAUUUAGCUGCCAAUAGUGGAUCUGGAAGUUUAAGUGUGCAGGGACAGAAUCGAUUGAUGAGUGGUGUGCUUCCGCAAGGAUCUCCUCAGGUAAUUUCGAUGCUAGGCAGUUCUUAUCCUGCUGCUGGGGGUCCACUUUCCCAAAGCCAUGUUCAAGCUGUGAACAAUCUUAGCUCUAUGGGAAUGUUGAAUGAUGUGAACACAAAUGACAAUUCCCCUUUUGACAUAAAUAAUGAUUUCCCCCAGUUGACAAGUCGUCCUAGUUCCGCUGGAGGGCCUCAAGGUCAAUUGGGUUCAUUACGAAAACAAGGUCUUAGUCCCAUUGUUCAACAAAACCAAGAGUUCAGUAUUCAAAAUGAAGAUUUCCCUGCUUUACCUGGAUUUAAAGGUGGUAAUGCUGAUUAUGCAAUGGAUUUGCACCAGAAAGAACAACUUCAUGACAACACCAUGUCAAUGAUGCAAUCUCAGCACUUCUCUAUGGGGAGAUCUGCAGGGUUUAACUUGGGUGGAUCCUAUUCAUCUCAUCGCCCACAGCAGCAACAGCAACAUGCUCCGUCAGCCAGUAGUAGUGGUGUCUCCUUUUCACCUGUAAACAACCAAGAUCUUCUCCAUUUACAUGGCUCAGAUAUUUUCCCAUCUUCACAUUCGAGCUACCACUCGCAGACAAGCGGACCACCUGGAAUAGGCCUAAGACCUCUAAACUCCCAAAAUACGGUUUCUGGUAUGGGUUAUGACCCGAUCAUCCAACAGUAUCAGCAACACCCAAACCAGUCCCAGUUUCGACUGCAACAGAUAUCAGCUGUCAAUCAGUCAUUUAGGGAACCGGGCAUGAAAUCAAUGCAGGCUGCACAGUCUAAUCCAGAUCCUUUUGGUUUACUUGGUUUGCUAAGUGUAAUUAGGAUGAGUGAUCCUGAUUUGACUUCCCUUGCUCUUGGAAUUGAUCUGACAACACUUGGGUUAAAUUUGAAUUCCUCGGAAAAUCUUCACAAGAAUUUUGGUUCUCCAUGGUCUGAUGAACCAGCUAAGGGUGACCCAGAGUUCACUGUGCCACAAUGUUAUUAUGCUAAGCAACCACCAGCUUUACAUCAAGGUUAUUUUUCUAAGUUCACAGUGGACACAUUAUUCUAUAUCUUUUACAGCAUGCCAAAAGAUGAAGCUCAAUUAUAUGCUGCAAAUGAACUUUAUAACAGAGGCUGGUUUUACCACAAGGAGCAUCGUUUGUGGUUCUUAAGAGUCCCUAAUUUGGAGCCACUAGUCAAGACAAACACGUAUGAGAGAUCUUCUUAUCACUGUUUUGAUCCAAGCUCAUUCGAAACGAUCCGUAAGGAUAAUUUUGUUAUCCAAUACGAGGCGUUGGAAAAGAGACCAGCUUUACCUCAACAUUAACAAGUUUUUUUGUCAUUUAAAAUGUAAAGCUUAAGCAUGUAACUCAUUCAUUAGGACAUCAGUUUGCAGCAUUAGUGUUUUUCGGAUUUGGCAAUUUCAGCAUCUAUUAAUCUUUAUCAAUGAGGUCGCUUUUCAGUUUUC